ACAAUACUCGCGCGUUGCACGCGCAUCGCACACAACAUCCUGGUAUAGCACUGAUAAGUAACGCUUAUCGUCGCUUGGAGGUCUGACAACGACCAAUAACAGGCACGAUGUGACAGCAAAAUGGGAAUGGAAACAAGGCCAGUGGUAUCGUACCCCACAAACGAGUGCGAUAACUAGGUGGGCACGGGAGAAGCGGCAACUGCUAUCAGUCAAAUCUUCAAUUAUGCGAACCAAUGUGGGGUUCCCAGGAUCUAGAAAUACAGUAUUAGAGCCUGUUCGCUUUGCGUCUCUCGAUGUCCAUUUUACCUUGUGGCCUGUGUCCUUUCACCUCAUCCACGUCUCCAGCUGUCGCCCAUCUCUGGUCAAUCCGGAUUCCUACAAAGCCAAGGACUCAGGCAGACAUGGCAGCUUACAAUGAGAAGCUCAAGGGCGGGGACCACGAGCUGUCCCUCGAGUCAGGCAGCGGCGACAUUCCGGCGGUCGAAGACUUCACUUCAUCAUCUGACUACAAACCCGGCGUCUUAGCAAGCCUCCGCCGCUUCGAGGCUCGCAUGGACAAGGCUCUAGGGGUCGAGUCUGAGGCCAUCGUACGCAAAACAGAAAAGGACAAACGACCUGUACCAUGGCACGAGGAGCUCAACAUGGCCCUGAUUUGGGCCUCGGGUACUAUGGGCAUAAGCUGUUUCGCCACUGGGUUCCUGGGUUGGGAGUUCGGCCUGAGCUUGAAGCAGAGUCUGCUCAUUUACGUCUUUGCCUCUAUCCUUGGUGGUUCGGUGUCCUCGUACUGCGCUACCUUUGGUGCGGCAACCGGCCUACGUCAGGUUUCCGUCUCCCGUUACAGCUUCGGUUGGUAUCCCAACAAGAUCAUUGCGUUCCUCAACGGUAUUGAACAGCUGGGUUGGGCUUCUGUUGCCACCAUCAGUGGUGGCCUGGCCCUUACCGCUGUCGCGGACGGCCACAUAUCUCUCGUUGUCGGCGUUAUCAUCAUCGCCCUGGUUUCGCUCGCCAUCAGCUUUUUGGGUCUCAAAUACAUCCUGAUCUACGAGCGCUAUGCCUGGUGCAUUUACUUCAUCGUGUUCAUGAUCAUCUUCGGCAUGGUGGGACCGUACGCUGAUAGCAAGACCCCUGCCUCUAGUUCAGGCAUAGAUCUCUCGGGCAACGUGCUUUCUCUGAUUGCCAUCGUUUACGGCAGCUCCGCAUCGUGGGCGACUAUGGCUUCAGACUACUAUGCGCACUACCCAGCCAACACAUCAAGGCUGAAAGUUUGGCUCUUGACUACUGCCGGUAUUGGUAUCCCUACAGCGAUCGGCAUGACUGCAGGAGCUACGGUUGCCAGUGCGCUCAACAAUGUCGACGCCUGGAAGGCCGCAUACAUAGACCCUCACCAGGGUCUUGGCUUCCUCAUCAGAGACAUGCUGCAUCCUCGAGGCUUCGCCAAGUUGCUUCUCGUUCUGCUAUCCUUCAGCGGCAUCAACACCAACAUCAUGUCCCUCUACUCAUCGGCCAUUUCAUUCCAACAGAUGGCCACCCCGUGUGCCAAAGUUCCUCGGUUUGUCUGGACACUUGGUAAUUUCGUAAUUGUCAUAGUUCUGGCUAUCGUUGGUCGUCAAAAACUCAACACAUAUUUGCAGGACUUCCUGAGCCUCCUGGGUUAUUGGUGCACCAGCUACUUCGUCAUCCUUUUCGAGGAACACACCAUCUUCCGCAAGCGUGACUUCGCCAACUACGAUCUUGAGGGCUGGAACGAACGGAAGAGGCUGCCACAUGGCAUCGCUGCCUCCGUUGCCUUUCUUUUGGGUGUUGUUGCGUGGUGCAUGGGAAUGGUUGAGACCUGGUUCACCGGACCACUUGGCAAGUUGAUUGGAACAUACGGAGGCGAUGUUGCAAAUGAGUUAACCUUUGUGGUCACCGCGAUCGUGUACCCAGUUGCUCGGUAUUUGGAACUAAAGUACUUCGGCAAGUAGAUUAAAGUUCUCACCUUAAAAGGGACUGACAUGUGUCCUCUCUGCUUGACUUGCUAUUGAUUUGCGCAAAGAUACUGGUCUUGAUGAGAUGUUACCCCCUGGAUCAUUAUCGCGAUACUCGGUGCUAGAGAUGUCAGCCUUGUUCAAAGUCAACAACCCAAUCUCCGUAGCGUGGUUAGCUGAUAUAACCCAUUCCGCUGGGACCAGCCAAUUGGAGGUCGCGCCUAAUUGGUAGUUUAGCC